ACAUGUCAUCAACUCUUCGCAAUCAAUAACUUUUAUUAAAUCACUCGUUCAUUAACAAAUCUAUCUAAAGUGCUAAUACUAUUCAAAAGGACUCUCGAAGCCAGUGCAGAUAAAUGCAUUUACCGUGAAGCCGAUGUGAAAUGGCCUUAUCGCUGCAAUCGACGCAAAAUUCCAGAGGUGUCUCGGUAAGGCCGCUGUCAGCCAUGCGUCAAGAGUCGCUACCGAUGCUGGCGGAGCGGCUUCUGGCGACGCGCGCUGCCGCGCUGGUGGCGGGGCUGCCGGCUGAGCUGUACUCAGGCGCUCUGCUGGCUGCGUGGCCGCCGUCACCGCCUGCGCCACUCCUUCCGCCACCAGAAAUGGAGCGUGCACGCAAACGCCGCCGGACUCCGAAGUUGGAUGACCCGCCCGCGCCUCCUUCACCACCCUCUUCGGGUUCUUCGCCCGGAGCCGCUGAUCCGCCACGAGAUAAACUUUUCACAUGUAAAGUGUGCUCCCGCUCAUUCGGUUACAAGCACGUUCUACAAAAUCAUGAACGAACCCACACCGGGGAAAAACCAUUCGAGUGUGGUGAAUGCCACAAGCGAUUCACGCGCGACCACCAUCUCAAGACACAUCUUCGUCUUCACACUGGGGAAAAGCCAUACAGCUGCCCUCAUUGCCCGCGGCACUUCGUUCAAGUCGCCAAUCUACGCCGCCAUUUACGCGUGCACACUGGCGAGCGGCCUUAUGCGUGCUCGCGAUGUCCAGCACGUUUUUCCGAUUCUAACCAGUUGAAAGCACAUGCUCUGGUGCACGAAGGAGAUGCACCAUUUGCAUGUCGAUGUGGGGCCCGGUUUCGUCGGCGACAGGCUGCAGCGCUUCAUCGAUGCGCUGGCACUGGCUGCGAGCCAGACACACCGAGCCCGCCAGCAGCGUCAGCGCCUGAUUGGCGCUGGGACGAAUGGCCUGAGCAGACCGAGCCCGAAGACCUGUCGCUGCCGCGAAGACCGGCCACGCCGGACUCGCCCACCGACCUGCGCGUACACUCCGCGUAGUGGGCGCGUAUCACGCGCCGCUGAGCCGGUAUACGAGUUCCUCCUGCGUAGACCCCGCGCACCCGACGACGUCUGCUGAUGCCAGCACUCGCCCCUUCUCUCGCUCGAGCUCCUGGUUACACGACGACAACUACACGUUUGAAAAUUCCAAAUAAGUAUUUCUUAUGAAACAAUAUUUAUUGCUCUACAAAAUGUUGUCAUCGCAACGGGCAUCUUUAUCGGUCUUCGUUUUUUGCGCUUCUCAGUAACACUAUCGAUGUAGUCCAUUUAGGUAGUCAUCUAUUCAAUUUUUUACAUUUUGCAUUUGCAACGUCCGCCAUAAAAACACUUUUUGCUUAGUAUUACUGUUUAAAACUUUAUUGUACUGCCAUUUGCAUAAUCUCGAAGUGUAAAGAAAAAACGCGACCUUUCUAUUUCAUUGUACUGCACAUUGCAAAAACACAGUAAUUGCACAAAAGAUACUUGUUGAUUUAUUGGGUGGCCAUUGUUUCGUGAUAUUAACUAAAAA